AUGAAAUGGGCAGUUUGCGAACAGUUUCGGGAUUACCUCUACUACGUGCCAAGUUUUGUUGUGUUUACGGAUAACAACCCUUUGACCUACGUCUUAUCGACCGCCAAACUUAACGCAACAGGACUACGGUGGGUAGGGGAGCUAGCGGAGUUCAGUUUUACCAUCCGUUAUCGGCCAGGAAAAGCAAACGCCGACGCUGACACGCUUUCUCGAACAUCAAACGAUAUGAAUGAGUAUAUGAAAUCGUGCACUCAGAAGACCAGCCAAGAUGAAUUACGGACCAUACUCAGUACUGUACAACUCCAAGAAAAGGGACAAGUAAACUGGGUAUCUGCGCUCACCGACGACCCGGACGUCCUGAGUGCCGACGCGGCAAUACAGCCCGAUAGCAACAUUAUAACAUUCGAAACAACCGACAUCCAAAAGGCCUAA